UCACGACGAUCAAUGUGAGCUGGUCCAUUCAAGACGCGUUGCGGGCAGCCACUUGGGCAGCUCGCACAACGGAGUCGUCCCUAGGGAGCAAGUGGACGACGUCGAAGCCUCUGGCGCCUCUCGUCAAGGGGCCGUCGCCUCAAUGCUGCCAAACACCUCGAGCAUGUCAAGCAGCAGGCUGGAUAUCGUGCAAUUGUAUCCGUACGACAUUCAUCGUGAAGUGCCAAUUCGAAUCCAGCACCAUGUUGGUCCACACGGUUCUCGAGGGUUUGGCGGCGUCCGCAUCGAUGGUCAUCCAGCUUCACUCGAUGAUGCAGCUCACUCCAUUGGAUGCACCCCCUGCGUGGCCACCCGUGUUUGAGGCGUCCUUUUCGGAGGUGUAUGAAGGCGUCCCCGUCGCGCCGUCAUCAGGCAAUUGGUACUACAGCUACAACUCAUCCAAAGGAGGCGCGAUACAGUGGAGAGUCGAUCACAUCGAGCCCCAACGCAACAACUUUUGCGGAUGCGUGCUGCCUCAUGCGACUUCAACUUGCCAGCUCUUCUUCGCCCCGGACGGGAUGUAUGUACACUUUCCCGCCGUCGAGGACCUGUGCUGUCGACUCUGCACGUCCGAAAGUGGCUGCUCGCCGUUGAAACCAGACUGGCUGUCCGGCGCGCACCCGACGCGGUCGAAAGACCCAGACCUCAUCCAUGGCCGCGAAUGCUACCAAUUUUGCACUCCAGGGGCCCAAUUCAUGGACUGCAUGAGUUACGAUGCGUUUGGUGUACCCUGUCGGUACUCCGAGUCGUGGAGCCCCGCCCCCAAGUGGACGAUUGUGCACAACCUGACGUUUACCUCGUGGGCGCUCCGUCUGACCGACUCUAGCGUGUUUGACCUGCCCAAAUCAUGCACAGCCCCAUGCCGUCGGCUGUUUCCCGCCUGCAUGAGUCCCAACUAGUCCACGCAGCGGUGUUGGGGAAGGGACCCGUCGAGUCUCCGUGAACGUGAUAACAGGAAAUGCUCCACACAACUCUUCAAUGUCC